AUGGACACUUUUCAUCAACAAACUAACAUACCUAAAGAAUUCAUUUAUCCCAAAGAAGACCUAAUACAAGCACAAGAAGAGCUAAAUGAGCCAAUAAUAGACCUAAUUGGAGACAUCAAUUCUGUGUCCAUGCUUGUCAAAACAGCUUGCUUGAACCACGGAUUCUUUCAAGUUAUAAACCAUGGAGUUGAUUCUAAAUUAAUUAACAUGGCUCAUGCUCAUGUCAAUCACUUCUUUAAGCUUCCAUUAGAAGUAAAAUUAAAGGUUCAAAAACAACAUGGUAGUUUGUGGGGUUAUUCAGGUGCCCAUGCAGAGAGAUUUACUUCAAGAUUGCCAUGGAAAGAAACAUUAUCCUUCAAUUUUCAUGAAAAUGGUGGCUCUAAUCAGAGUGGUAUUGUUGUUGAUUUCUUUGAAUCUUCACUUGGAAUAGAAUUUGAACAAAUGGGAUUGGUGUUUGAGAGAUACUGCAAGGAAAUGAAGAGAGUAGGACUUGUAAUCAUGGAGAUACUUGGUAUAAGCCUUGGUGUAGAAAAAUGUUUCUACAAAGACUUUUUCAAAGAUACAAGUUCUAUUAUGAGAUGUAAUUUCUAUCCAACUUGUCAAGAUCCUAAUUUAGUCCUUGGAACUCCACCUCAUUGUGAUCCAAAUUCAUUGACAAUUCUUCAUCAAGAUCAAGUUGGAGGAUUGGAAGUCUUUGUUGAUAACAAAUGGAAAUCAGUCCAACCUAGGCAUGAUGCACUUGUCAUCAAUAUUGGUGACACUUUUACGGUGAGUCCUAGGUUAAAUUUUUCAUGAUCUAGUUCAAAAACUUCUUUUUUUAAAAAAAAAACUAAAAAAAUAUAUGCUAUGACAAA